UCAUGGUGAGACAAUGCAAUCGUCAUAAUUCAGCAAAAGCAGCAUUCAUUGAUUCAUUUUCAAUGACUGCCAUUUGGAAGAGAAAAGCUCCAAGACUCAAGAGCAAACCCAUGGAGCAUGAAGUCAUUCUGGGAAUUGUAAAUGAACAUCAUCACUGGACAUUAGUGGUCAUUUACCCACAAGAAAAGAAGUCACUGUAUCUUGAUCCACUCGGAGAAACUAAACAAGGUAUCCAAAAUUGUUUGGAAUCAACAAGGGCAUUCAUGCGAAAAAAAGGAUGCAACGUCUCAAGAUGGACUUGUGACACAGUCAAACACCCAAAACAAGUGGACGCUACCUCAUGUGGAGUCUUUGCAUUGAAAUUUGCUGAAAAGAUCUUGCGAAAAGAGUCAAUAGACUUUCCGUCUACAAAAAAGGCCAUAAACACACACAGGCUGCAAAUUGCCACCACUCUUCUCCUAGAGACAGAUAACUUGACAAACAUCUGUCAUUUCUGCGGGGAAGAAGAGCAUGAAACUGACAACAAAUGGAUUCAGUUUGAGAUGUGUUUGCAGUGGUUCCACCAGCUCUGCGUGAAAAGCCCACCACCAGAAGAUGUGUUUAUUUGUCUCGCUUGUACAUAG